UCUAUUUAUCCCUUAAUUUAUCCCUUACUUUUACAAAAUAUGUCUAAAAACAGUGAAGCCGACUUCCCUGUAGGAUUUGCCGAACAAAAGGAUCAGACUGAGGACGAUAACGUUUUUUACGUUGAAUGGCUUGAUAACAGCUCCGAAUUUCCUGGCCUGGCUUUCAACGAAUACCCUUUAAAUGGCGAUAACUGGGAAUUACUUCGACGAAAUGAAAUUGAUGACGAAGACCAUACCUGUAUUAUGGUUGAGGAUGAUUCUUGGUCUAAGCUCAGUACAUCUAAUUUAAACCAGCUGUAUGCCGCUGUAGUUGAAAAAAACGCAGCUGAAUUACAACCCACUAAACGUGUUAUCCAACCUCUUUGGCCCAACAUCAGUGCCAAAAAGACAGUCAAGGCAGAAAAUACUGAAGAUGUGUAUGAGGAAGAUCUUGCUCUCGAAUUAAAUGAUAUCCAUAAGUCACAAAGCCGACGAGCACACAAGCUGACCAAUCGACGCAAACUUCAUGAUUUAAAGAUUGUUGAUUUACAUGUGGAAGGUAUUCUUAACUUAGCAACUAGCCAUCAUAAUAAAACAAGGGUUGAUUGGGUCCCUUACCAAAAAGACCUCUCGAAUUUUGAUCGUGCGCGAUUGGAGACAUAUACAGAUGGUCUCUUGAACAGCAACAUUUCCGACAGAGAUAUAGCCAUCCGUUACUCAGCAAGAUUCUCUCACAACACAAAGCGAUAUUUAUUCAAUUACUUCAAUAAACGCCCGAUACAGAAACGAUCUCACUUUCCCGACAAUGAAGAAUAUUCAGUUCAAGCUAGGAUUGUCGGAUAAAAGCCAGCAUGCCCUUUCUCAAUUUAAAUUUAUUGUGUAUCAUAAUUUUAUUUUCAACGCCUAUGAUUACGUUAAAAUCAUUGUAAUAAUAAAUCGUAUAGUUAUGAAACUCUUAA